AAUACUUGGACUUCUUGUAAUCCAUACUCAAAUGAUACGAAAAUAAUAAUUAACAAAUAUUUAACCUUACAAAUGCAGAAAAGAUAUGUUGAAGGAUUCGUGAAGAAAAACCAUACCCCAACAUUCAUCCUCACAUCACAAAACAAAACAAUCUUUGAAAAGCAAAAAUUUAAUGCUCCGAUAAUCUCACCCGCAUCUCCGCAACAAAGACCUAGAACCGUUGACUGUGGAAUUAUAGUCUGCUACAUCAUUGACAAGCUUGCACAGGGAGAUCGCAUCCCUGAGUCAUUGACAACUGAUGAAAUCAGACAAUACAGAGUGUUAUUGUUGCAAAGGUUCCUGUAUGAUAAACCAAGAACAUGGACAGAAGCUCUUUGGAAAGACCGAAACUUGAAGACGGACUAGGUAUUGGAAAGUUGAAUAGGUGUUCUUUUGCUGAAUA